UAUAUAGCAAGGGAAAGAGAAAUUAGAGUUCCACUUUCAUAUGUAUAUAAAUGGAAAUACUUCAUUGACAGUACACAAAAUUUUGCUAAUUCUAUCACUCAUAAUUUGUUUGUUUGUUGGUCUUCCUCACAUCUCCCAUUACACCCACCAUAUCGAGAUGGGCAUUCUGUCUGUCAUCCCUGCCUGUGGAAAUUCAGCCUGUACUUCACUGUUAUCAAUGGGAAACAAGAAGGAAGGAGAAGUUAAGAAGAAGGCAGUAGUAGCAGUUGCUGUAAAGCUGAAGGAAGCUGUGAACAAGUUGAUAAUGAAGAGCACAGGCAUAGCUUUAUCUCCUCUAACGGCUGCUGCCUUUUUAGCCUUAUCUCCUCUUUCCUACACCCCAGCUUCUAUAUGCAUGGGUGCAGUCUCACUAGCACAAACCACUGCAGAUAUACAGAAAGGAGCCACAUUGUUCAGUCGUUCUUGCAUUGGUUGUCAUGAUGCUGGUGGAAAUUUAAUUCAGCCAGGUGCUACCCUUUUUAUGAAGGACUUGCAAAGAAAUGGGGUAGACUCGGAAGAAGAGAUAUACAAAAUUACUUACUUUGGCAAGGGAAGAAUGCCUUACACAACUUUCAGGGAUUUGGUCAGAAUUGCACUCCAAGAGGGCAAUGCACUUUUGGGCCACGUUUGCAGGAUGAAGAGAUUAAGCUUUUGGCAGAAUUUGUAAAGUCACAAGCUGAUCAGGGAUGGCCAACAAUUGAAACUAUUCAAGAUUGAGCAUAAUUCUUGAAUGUGCUUUUAUAAUUAUAAUAUUAUAUCUUGUUAAUGUAUAAUUAGUUGAUAUAAAAUAUUCGCUUAAUCUGAUGAUAGAUGUAUAUUUCAAUUUGAGCUAGAUUUCGAGUUCGAGUCAUUCUCCUCUCGUUUGGAGCUGAAAAGAAAAAAAAAAUUGAUAUAAAUUUUAAAUUUUUUAUUAA